AUGGAUUCUAGACUCCUGAUUGAGCCUGGGGUCCCCACACCGGACCCGACCGCCCGGGCACCCUGGAACAUCAGCUCCAUCAGUCCUCACCGGCUCGUGGAGCUAGCUCCUGUUGCAACAGCUGGUUCCGUGGUUCCAAGACACAUAUUUCCAACGGUAGAUGUACCAGACCACGCUCACUACACCAUAGGAAUUGUCAUCCUGGUUGUGGGCAUCACAGGCAUGCUGGGAAACUUCCUGGUCAUGUAUGCUUUCUGCAGGAGCAAGAGCUUGCGGACACCAUCCAACAUUUUCAUCAUUAACUUGGCAGUCACAGACUUUCUCAUGUGUAUUACUCAGACACCCACCUUCUUCAUCACCAGCAUGCACAAGCGAUGGAUUUUUGGAAAGAAAGCUUGUGAGCUGUAUGCCUUCUGCGGAGCACUGUUUGGUAUCUGCAGUAUGAUAACACUGAUGGUGAUCGCGGUGGACCGUUACAUGGUGAUCACCAGGCCUCUGGCCUCUCUGGGGAUGAUGUCUCACAGGAAAGCUCUGAGCAUCCUGGCUGUUGCCUGGGUCUACUCAAUGGGCUGGAGCCUGCCCCCUUUCUUUGGCUGGAGUGCUUAUGUCCCAGAGGGUCUGAUGACGUCUUGUUCCUGGGACUACAUGACGUUUACCCCGUCUGUCCGCUCCUACACCAUGCUGCUCUUUACCUUUGUCUUUUUCAUCCCUCUUUUCAUCAUCAUCUACAGCUAUUGCUGCAUCUUCAGAGCCAUCAGGCACACAACCAGAGCGCUAACAAAGAUCAGCUGUGUGGACAACAGGGACACUGCAAAGAAGUUCAAUAAGAUGAAGAGUGAAUGGAAGAUGGCCAAGAUUGCACUCAUCGUCAUCCUGCUAUAUGUCAUCUCUUGGGCGCCUUACUCCUGUGUGGCCCUCACUGCAUUUGCUGGGUACGCUGACAUGUUGACGCCCUAUAUGAACUCUGUUCCUGCUGUGAUCGCCAAGGCCUCUGCGAUCCACAACCCCAUCAUAUAUGCCAUAACACAUCCAAAAUACAGGUCAGCGCUCUGUGCGUAUAUUCCCUACCUCGGGGCAUUGCUGUGUAUUACUGGCAGAGACCGUUUCAGCAGCAGCAGUUUCCAGUCCACCCGCCGAUCAACCCUUACCAGCCAAUCGGAGUUCAAACGCCCCAGCAAGCCCCACAGGGCCUCCCUGUCUGAGAGCGAAUCAGCCCGCCUCUCAGACACGGAAGAGGACUGCUCGUCUCGGACAUCUGUUUUUCGUCAGUUGUCCAGUGAUGUUAACCAGGUGCGCCAAGCCAGCAAGAGGACGAAGGUGAGCGGUCCCAACACUGGAGAGUCUGAGAGAACUGCCUUCCACAACCCCACUGACCCGGAAAUCUGUCACCUCUCACAGAUCACAACUCUGACAGGGCCUGAAGACAUCUUUAUGUCGGACAUCAGCCUGCAGCCAACCAGUCAUCUGCCUGCUACUGUGGACAGUGUGAUGGAGGAGUCUGAGUCAAGGACUUUGUGUAAGAUUACGUCAUCCAUCAUUGUAACCUCCAUAUCCAGCCCCUCCUUACUGCCUAGUCCCCCGGGUUUCCAAGGUAACCACAAUUUGACCAAAACAUACAGCCCUGUUGCCAAGGAGACCCUUGACGUAGCCUAACUGGAGACAUCAUAUUUACCAUAAACAGCUGGACAGAAGUGCAGCUGUGUGUGUGCUUGUGUGUGUGCACGUGUGUGCGUGUGCACAUGUGCGUGUCUG